AUGACGUCGUCCCCAUCGCCGUCGACACCCAGCACAUCAGAUCCGUGGACCCCCGCCACCAGUACCCGCCGUCCGUUCCCUUCUUUCCCGAUGACGUCGUCCCCAUCGCCGUCGAAACCCAGCACAUCAGAUCCGUGGACCCCCGCCACCAGUACCCGCCGUCCGUUCCCUUCUUUCCCUAUGACGUCAUCCCCAUCGCCGUCGAAACCCAGCACGUCAUAUCCGUCGUCCCCCGCCACCAGUACCCGCCGUCCGUUCCCUUCUUUCCCUAUGACGUCGUCCCCAUCGCCAUCGAAACCCAGCACGUCAGAUCCGUCGUCCCCCGCCACCAGUACCCGCCGUCCGUUCCCUUCUUUCCCUCUGACGUCAUCCCCCUCGUCGCCCCCCGCUACACCCCGUCCAUUCCCUACUUCGCCUUUGACGCCCUGCCCGCCGUCCACCUGCAAUGGCUGCACUGGUUGCUAUUCUUCAUUGAUCAACUUUUGUUUGCCUCCAGAGUUGAGUCAAGCUGAAUGUACCAUGUUUACGGUGCUGCAAGGGACCUGGUGCGGCAAAGAGUAA